GUUAACGUCAAUUAGAAAAGGUUAAUAAUAGAAACAAACAUGAAUUUAUUUAAUGAUGUAAUUAAUAAAAUUAUUCUAAUUGACAUAACUUAAUAUUGAUGAAAUAAGGUUAUAUUGUCAUUCUUAAUCAGUAUCAAUGGAUGUCAACGAAUUUAUUGUCUGCAAAUGUUUUGAUCGACUCACGUGGAAUAUUAACUCGUUAGUGCAAUUUAUAAAUAAAAAAUAUUAUAAAAUUCAAAUCUACAUUACUUUAGUGCCAAUUGAUUAUUUAUUUAUUAUUCAUGAAAAUCUAUUUCAAUGGAGAAACACUAGAAAUGCAAUAAUCAAAUAAACCAUCGCACUAUUAUGUUUUUGGUUAUUAUCUGAUUCUAACUUAAAUAGAUCAUCCUUUAUUAAAAUCACAGUUAUAUGUUGCUUUACGAACAAAAAAAGAUUAAAGAUAGAUUAGAUAACGUGGACAUGUAAGAAAAUUAUUUUUAAAUUCAGACUGUGAUAAAAAAUGUAUUGUUUACUACGUCCUUGUUAUCGGUUAAGUUACAGGAUCGUAUCAAAGUUCAAAUACAUUAUUCUUUCCAUUAGUUUUAUUAUGAUAUUGAAUUAUUUUGGUGCAUUUACUCAUAUGUUUGAAGUUAUGUACGACGAACAUUUUUCUUAUCCUUAUAAUGGUGACAUACACGAAUUUGUAAAUGCGUUAAGAUACAAUCAAAAACCAUCUGUUGAUCCAAUCAAUGUAUAUAAUUAUUCAUUUUUACACAACAACGAAGAGAAAUGUGUUGAAAGUGCACGUACCAAAUUUCGUAUAGUAUACAUUAUUAAAUCAGCCAUAGAAAAUUUUGAGAGAAGAAUGGCUAUAAGACAUUCAUGGGGUUUUGAAAAAAGAUUCUUUGAUGUUCCAUCAAGAACAGUUUUCAUAUUAGGUAUACAUCAUCAAGACGAAGAAUUACAAGCUAAAAUAAAACUUGAAGCAACGAAAUACAAAGAUAUUGUACAAGCUAAUUUUAUUGACACAUAUUAUAAUAAUACUAUUAAAACAAUGAUGGGUUUUAAAUGGGCAGUUAAAUAUUGCUCUAAUUCCAAAUUUUAUAUGUUUGUCGAUGACGACAUGUACGUUUCAGUUAAAAAUGUUUUAAGAUUUAUAAGAAAUCCUACAAAUUAUCCGGAUUAUUUGAAAGAACCAAAAAAGAUCUCUCAAAAAAGAGAAAUAAGAUAUUCGUAUGAAUCGACAAGAAAUUUCUCUCAUGUAUCAAAUUAUGUGAAUGAGAAUGAAAAUAAUUAUUCAAUUACAAGAGAUAUAUCCAAUACAAGUACCAAUGUUAAAGAUGAAUUACAUUCUGAUGCAAAUUUAAUAAAAUUAUCUGAAGUUACUUCUGCUACUAAAGAAAAUGUUAGUAAUCUAGACUACAGUCUAGAAAAUCAACUAACAACUAUGAUUUUAAAUAACAACAACAGCGAUAAUACUCAAAAUAUAUUUACAAAAUUAAACGACAGUAUAAAUGAAGAAAUUAUUUUGAAAGAUAUAUCUUCUUCGUCAUUAAUUUCUAAUGAGACAGAAUCAUUGAUUCGUAAAAAAAGACAAGUAUUUGAUUUUGAACUACCAGAAGAUGUGAGAUUAUUUGCAGGUUUUGUAUUCGUUUCAUCUCCACAUCGUCAUAGAUCAUCCAAAUGGUAUGUCUCAUUAGAAGAAUAUCCGUAUCAUUUAUGGCCACCAUAUGUUACAGCUGGUGCAUAUAUACUUUCACGAGAAGCUCUCUUAGAUAUGUAUUAUACAAGUUUUUAUACAAAACAUUUCAGAUUCGAUGACAUUUUUAUAGGUCUAGUUGCUAAGAAAGCCGAUAUAGAACCAUUUCAUUGUGAAGAAUUUCAUUUUUAUAAAAAAGAUUAUACCAAAUUCAAUUACAAAUAUGUAAUUAGUUCUCAUGGGUAUGGAAAUCCUAACGAAUUGUUACAUGUUUGGAAUGAACAAAAAGCACUUGGAAAUGCAUAAAUUAAAGUAUAUUAUUUUUUU